UAUUAUUUUUCCCACCAAACAAAAGGACUAGCCAAGCGCUCGGCAGCCUCCGACCAGCGCCCUCCCCCACGCCCGCGGCGAUCUUGCCUCCACGUCACCGCCUCCCGCCUCCCGCCUCCGCCUCGCCCGCCGCCAGCAGCAUCUGAUGGCGGCGGUGUUAGCGGCGCAUGGCUCCCACGUUUCGGCUUCGGUAAUCACUCCCCUGCUCCAUUUUUGUCCUUCCAUUUUACUCUCUGUUCCCACCCCAGCAUAGAAUCACCGUUCCCUCCAUUCGUGUUUGGUCUAACGCGUGUGGAUGGCGGCUUGCCUAUUCGUGUAUGCUGAGACUCGGUGCUGGCCGCGAUUGUAGCUUUGUGAACACUGAUAUGUGCAGUGUAGAGUUUGACGAGUUAGGUUUCAGCUUACGACUUGGAAAUUUGUAUGGGCGACAGUAUCCUUCUGUGUUGUUGGACAUAUUUCCAAGUUAAAUUAGGUGAACCAUCCCGGAUCGACCAAGCUGGUAUGAGAUAAAAGCAUCAAAGGACCCAAGUAGGGGACAAACGGAAGUAGCAUUAACAACCUUUUGGGGGUCGAAAAUUUAGUAACACGUGCUAUUCUAAUGCAAAUGCAAAAGAAGUUGCAGAGUUUGACAGCUUAUGCUGGUUUCGGGGAGGUGAAGAUUCAUACCUCAGGUUCCCUUACACACUCCCCGUGAAAAAAAAGGUUCCCUUACACACUCCCCGUGAAAAAAAAAGGUUCCCUUACACACACAAGAAAAAGGGUAUGGUCUGAAAUUGUCAAGGUGCUGCUAAAGACUUGCAAACCAAAGAAAAUUGUAUGAAAGCAAAACAUUUUUCGGACACAAUGCUGCGAGAUCUAGUAUUAUUAUUAUGAUGUAGUAUUGCAUCAUGAGACUUUGAAUAUUAAUUUUUUUUCUCAUGGUGGUGCCAAAAUUUAAAUCUGUUGGAACCAUUUUCAUGUUAUUUUCUUGGUCACAUACCAAUGCGAUAAGUUGGCUGUAUUCAAAUGUACACUCUUUCUAGUGUUCAAUACUGAGUCAACCCGGCAAUCCGACCCAUGGGCAAGCGCGCCCAUGGGCACCCGACCCUAAUGGGUAGGGUAUGGGUCGUCAUUUUCACCCAUGGGUAAGCCCGAUGGGUAACCCGAUUAGUCAUGGGUAGGGUAUGGGCAUAAAGUCCUGCCCGUGGGUCACCCGAUGGGUCGCCCGAUUAACUGACAUGUGUGUCUCGGUAUAAAAAAAGGCCUAAACUAGUCACCUGGUCUCGCACUACCCCAUUGUUUCUGUAUGCUACAUAUGGCUCACAGCUUUUUCUAGACAAAUAUGGCUCACUGCUGCCAUUUGCUAGCCACUCAAUACACAGCCCACUUUGAUUUAGUAGAUUAGACAGCCCACUUUGAUUUAGUAGAUCAGACAGCCCACUUUGAUCAGACAGCCCACUAGUACUAGUAGCAUGCAGUAGCAGGCCCUUGCCGCUCCUUUUUAUAGGCCUUUCCUUUUCUAUCGGCCCAUGUAAAUAAGACUAGCUACACACACGCUCACGCUGGUGCAUCCGCUUCACAUAGGUGAAUUAGUACCACCUCGCUAAGGUAGCAAGGAACGGAGCAGCAGGAAGGCUAUAAAUAUAGCAGGUUGCUGUAUGUGUGCUCUAUUGCAUGCGUGCCCGAUGGGUGCCCGAUAGGGUUGGGUGACCCGCCGGGUUCGGGCAUGGGUCCGAGUUGUAACCCAUGGGUAGGGUCGUGGGUGGGUCCUCUGCCCGAUAGCGAACUCGGGCAUGGGUUUGGUUGGGGUCGACCCGGUGAUACCCGACCUGACUGCCAGGUUGAAUACUGAGUCUAAUUAUACAACUUACAUGUGUAAUGGAAUUCAGAUCAUUGCAGGUUUUGGAAGUGCUCUGAGAGGAAUACCAAAAGGAUUUUGUCCUUGUUUUUACAAUAUCCAAGCAUCAAUAUAUAAUGGACUUGUUCAUAGGAGGAAAAUUCCUCUUCCGUUGAGAUGCUCUUUUCGCUCUAUUCAAGCAAGAAAUAAUCACUCAUCAUCAGCUGUUGUACCUAAAGAUUAUUGUGAAACUUACAUCCAAUUUUUGAGAGACAAACGGAUAGUUCCUGAUUCAGAUCCUCCAAGCUCUAAGGAUGUGGACCUACUGUACCGGUUUAUAGAUAAGAGUAACAAGCUCAUGGUAUUAACUGGAGCUGGAAUGAGCACCGAGUCAGGAAUUCCCGAUUAUCGGAGUCCUAAUGGAGCAUACAGUUCUGGUUUCAAACCACUUACUCAUCAGGAGUUUGUUCGCUCUAUUCGAGCCCGGCGGCGCUACUGGGCCAGGAGUUAUGCUGGAUGGAGAAGGUUCAAGCGAGCACAACCAAAUACAGCUCACUAUGCUCUUGCUUCACUAGAAAGAAUCGGCCGUGUUCACACGAUGGUUACCCAGAAUGUGGAUAGAUUACAUCAUCGUGCUGGUAGUAAGCCAAUUGAGUUGCAUGGAAGUGUAUAUGAGGUAAUUUGCUUAGAUUGUGGAACAUCCAUCAGCCGAGAGUCAUUCCAAGAACAAGUGAAGGACCUCAACCCAAAGUGGGCUCUAGCUAUUGACAGUUUGGAAGAGGGACAACCUGGCUCGAGCAGAAGUUUUGGUAUGCAGCAGCGACCUGAUGGUGAUAUUGAGAUUGAUGAGAAGUUCUGGGAGCAAGAUUUUGACAUUCCUAGUUGCAGUCAGUGUGGUGGAGUGCUAAAACCUGAUGUUGUGAUGUUUGGUGAUAAUGUUCCGAGAGAGAGAGCUGAUAGCGCUAAGGAGGCUGCUAGAAACUGUGAUGCUCUUCUGGUGGUUGGUUCAGCGGUAAUGACAAUGUCUGCUUUUAGGCUGGCAAGGCUUGCACAUGAAGCAAAUGCUCCAAUCGUCGCGAUUAACAUUGGGGGCACGAGAGUUGAUAGCAUUAUAUCUUUGAAAAUCAAUGCGAGAUGUGGGGAGAUACUUCCCAGAGUACUUCAGAUGGGAAGUCUAGCUGUACCAAGCAUAAGCUGAACAUUUACAGUGUUUGGAGAAAUCAGUUACGAGGGAAGAUGGGUGAGACAUAUAUAAGUAGCUGUAGAUCAUUCUGUAAACAGGUCAGAACUUCAUAUGACCUUCCGGUUUGUGUUAGAGCAUUAUCAUGGUUGUUGUAAGUGUAAAAUCAUUUUUUGUGAUGACUCAUUAGUUAUGUAUCCAGGAAAAGUAGACCCAAGUUGAUCAUCUGUAUAGUUCCUGUUUUUUUGGACGAUUUAUGGAACCAAUGUUACUAUUUAA